CGAAAUCUCUCACGUGCACUCGCUCAUCCUCUCCAUCACCAACGCCGCGUGCUCCGCCUCUACACAACCGCCAUCUCACACCUUCACUCACCAGCAUCCACAUACUUCAAAGCCCACCCCUCACAGAACACAAAAUGGCGGAACGCGUGCACAGAGUGACCAUGUUCAAGAUGCCCAAGGAGGGGGACCGGGCCCAGAUGCUGGAGCGGUACAAGAUCAUGGCCGCCGAGAACAAGCGGGACGGCAAGCCCUACAUCCUCAGCAUGACCGUCGGCCCCGCCGAGGAGGACCCCCGCUCGCAGGGCUACACGCUCGUCAGCAAGACCGAGUUUGCCAGCAUGGACGACAUGAAGUACUACGACGACGAGUGCCCCGCCCACGGGCAGGUCAAGGCGCUGGUGCCCUCGCUGACCGUCGAGGGCAUCCUGACCGUGUACUUUAAGGCGCAGGCCACCGGGGGCACGGAGGCCAAAUAGGGGGAAAGCAUGAGAUUUAGAGAAUUGACAGAUGAGAUUAUUGUCUGUAACUAAAGUGUGUGACUCUGGGUAUCAU